GGCCGGAAGUGCCGCUCCCUGGUGGGGGCUGUUCAUGGCGGUUCCGGGGUCUCCAGCCUUUUUCCCGGUUGAGGUCUUAGCUCCGUGGGCAGCGGGGGCAGCGGGGCUGGAGGUUCUUGCCGGUGUGAAAUGACUGAGUACAAACUGGUGGUGGUUGGAGCAGGUGGUGUUGGGAAAAGCGCACUGACCAUCCAGCUAAUCCAGAACCACUUUGUGGAUGAAUAUGAUCCCACCAUAGAGGAUUCUUACCGAAAGCAGGUGGUGAUAGAUGGUGAAACGUGUCUAUUGGACAUUCUGGAUACAGCUGGACAAGAGGAGUACAGUGCCAUGAGAGACCAGUACAUGAGGACAGGCGAAGGCUUCCUCUGCGUGUUCGCCAUCAACAAUAGCAAAUCAUUUGCAGAUAUUAACCUCUACAGGGAACAGAUCAAGCGUGUAAAAGACUCAGAUGAUGUACCUAUGGUGCUGGUAGGAAAUAAGUGUGAUUUGCCAACAAGGACAGUUGACACGAAACAAGCCCAUGAACUAGCGAAGAGUUACGGGAUUCCUUUCAUUGAAACCUCAGCCAAGACUAGACAGGGUGUCGAGGAUGCAUUUUACACACUGGUGAGAGAAAUACGCCAGUACCGAAUGAAAAAGCUCAACAGCAGUGAUGACGGAACACAAGGUUGUAUGGGGUUGCCAUGUGUUGUGAUGUAACAAGAUACUUCUAUAAAGUUCUAUCAUCAGAAAAGAGCCACUUUCAAGCUGCACUGAUCCCCUGGUCCUGACUUCCCUGGAGGAGAAGUGUCCCUGUUGCUGUUUAUAUUGGAGAAGCUCUGCCACUUCCCCACCUCUCAGUAGAUGAGCACACAGCAUCUACUUGAGAACUUCUCAGAAUAACUACCUCCUCAAUUGGGUGUCUGACCAGAGAAAUGCACCUCCUGUUAUUCCCCAGUAAUUUUCUGCCCUGAGUUCUCCCCCUUUCCCCAAAACAAACAAACCUCCACCAGCCAGGUUUUUCAUCUGAAAAGCGAUUCAUCCUCUGAAACAGAGAACCAAACUGUAGACAUGAAAUUCUGUUGAAAACAGUUUCCUGAGCUCUAAGUAGCAACUGCUGGUGAUUUUUUUUUUUUUUUCUUUUUACUGUUGAACCUGGACCUAUGUUAGUUUUUGGAGAAAUGUCAUAAAUUGCUGUUUUGCCAAGAAUAUAAUUAAUAUUGGUGAUUGGUUUGGUCAUAAUAUUAUCAGCUAUAUUCUAUAAAUUGGUAUCUGCUCUGUCUUCAUAAAUACAAAAGUGAAUACUGACUUUUGAGUCCAUCCUAGUCAUCUUGACAUUCAUGAAAUUAAAUCCGAUUUUCACAACAAAGUGCCUUUUUCCUAGAAGUGGUUCAUAGACUUCCUUACAGUACUUCAGUGGAAUGUAUGUCUCAAAAACCAUGAUACAUGAAAGCGAGUAUCUGUAACCCAUCUAUCUUUGAGGGAAAGACACACCUACAUACUAGCAGGUGCCAUUUCAUAUGAAAAUGUUUUCCAGAGGCCUGUGUUUUGGGGUCUCCCAGCAGAAGGAUGAAACUGGAAACAAUUAUGAAUAAUUUCACUUCAUUUUUAUCUUAAUCUCCAUUCUUUUGUAGAUUACUACCUGUAAAUGUGUAUAAUUUGUUUCUUCUAGCUUACUGAUAAUCUAAUAUUCAAUGAACUUCCAUUUAUAAUCAAAUUUUGGUCAUAUUAGCUCUACAAUUUCAGUUACUCAAAUAUUACAAAAAUAUUGGUGUGUUUUAUUGCUAUGACCAGUGAUUUUCUAACCUCAAGUAUGUUAACAAAUUACAUCUUCACUGCAUAUCCUAGUCUGUUAAUGACAUAAUUGCCCUAGAUCCCCCUCUCCCUCCACCCCUCUCCCUCACCCACAGUAACAGGGGCUUCAUUGUUUCAGUUUAGUCAGCCAUGGUGCUAAUGGACCAGGGUCACAGCUUCAAAACUUGAACAAGCCAGUUACCAUCAUGGAGGGAAAAAUUCUUCCACGUGGUUUUGUGUAUUCCUGCUGUUAGCCCUGCAAGACAAGAAGAGGUUAGUUAGUACCAUCUUCAUUGUGACUAGAAAAGCUUGAGCUUAAGGAGGAUCAAUUAGAAGUCUAUAAAUACUUAGACCCUUUUUUUUUAGCCCCCUGGAAACUAAAAAGCUAAUAUUUUUUCUCAUUUUUUGAGAAUCAGGAUGUGUCAGAUAAAAGCAUUUUAAAGUCUUUAUUUAUAAUGUUCCUUGAAGGGUUCAAAACAGAUGUUAAUAGAUUAGUCUGCAUGCCAGAUAAUGAAAACAGAUGAUUUAUUCACAACAGGAAAUAGGCUUUGAAGUUGCUGUUUGAGCAAAGAAUGGAAAAUGUAAUUAACCAAUAAGAGGAUGUGCUUGGCAUUGCCCCUGCAGAUAAUGCCCUGGUGUAACUCCUACCCCGCCCUGCUGGGAUGGAACCAGUGCCUCACACAUGCUCUGUCCCUGAACUUCGUGCCCAGCCCCAGUAAUUGUAAUAAAAAAUGGACUUGGAUAACUUUUGAUAAUAGAUUAAUUCCAAAUAGCUACUUUCUUGUCCAGUCUUCUAAUGUCUUAAUACUUGCUGGUCCUUUGUUUUCUAAUAUGAAUUUUCAUCGAUUAAGCAAAUUCCACAUUAUCUUGAAAUGAAUUCAGAAGAGGUGAGGAAACAUGCAUUGUGCCCAGAAGAUGAUAAGCUGAGCUGUGCUCCGUGAUGCUGAUGCUGGGAUCAUUCACAGUAGACUGUCAGCUGUGAGUGGAACUACUGCUUUGUUUCUGCACCUUUUGGAGCACUGCUGUGCCAUCUGCUGAAGCUAGAUUGAGGCUUGUCACCUCAGUCAUGUUCUUUUGUUAUGUGUCUAUGUGUUUGCCAAUGUGAUUCUUUCUGAAAGUAGAUUAAAUUUAAUGUCAAGCUAGAGAGACAGUUACUCCACCGAAGCCUUUAGGAACUUCCCUGGUAUGUAAUUUGUCCUCUUGUUUUCUUAACUGUGUUCUAAGCACAGAAGUAUCCAAAUGGGCCCAAAAUUCAGGCUUGAAAUGCUGUUUUAAAAGCUUGUUAAGAAGUUAAACUUAGGUAGGAAUUUUGACAGUAUGAGUGACAAGCUCAGAGUUAAAAGCAGAAUAAGUCCAGCUAGUGUGGUAUAAAAUAGUUUUUGGAAUAUGUUUGUGAUUGCUGAAAAUAAUUCUGAUUUACCUCAGAAUCACUUUCCCCAGUUUGAAGUGCCUGGCCAGCUGUCAUGAAUUACGUAUUCCUUUAUCUUUGUUUUUGUAGGAUUGCUCAUUGGACAGUAUAAAAAUAAGAUGUUCCGUCUAACGGCGACCAUGCCUAAUCUGUAAAUGCAUCUCAAGUGCUGUGUUUGCUCCAGUAGCUUACUAUGUAGAAUGCUAACUUGGUAAUAUGUCAUACUUAUUACGGUUUUCCUUAAAGAAUAUAAUGUGUAAAAUUAAUCUCGAUUUUGUUAUAGUGGGCCUCUCUUUACUCUUUCACAUCCUUUAAAACUGCUGUGAAUUCUUUGUUGUGACUUGAUAGCAAAGAUAGACAAAAACUUUUAAAGAGAUUUUGGGUUUCUUCCCAGUCCAGAAUUUAGAAGCAUCCUCAUAUUUUGCUUUGUAUUUAGUCAUGAACUCAAGCUGGCAGCUACAACCACAACCAAAAAUGGUGCAUUCUGCUUCUUGUAAUAGAUCUCUGCUAAUAAAUUAUAAGAAAUGAGAUAAAUUAAUUAGGGAAAGUAUUUGGAUGGUUUCUAUAAACCAGGAACUAAAUCUUGUACAUUACUUUUCAUCUUUUUUGUUUCUUUAAGCAGUCUAAUGUGCCACAAAAUUAUUUUAAGGUAUUUGUUGUCUAUAAGAAUUGUUUGCAAAGUGUUCUCAUCAGAUUAGUUGUAGAUAUAUUUCAAAAUGUAACUGAUUUUAUUAAAAAGUCUGAGUACCAACCUAAGAGGCAAGUGUUUGACUCUACUCUGGAGAAAAGGAAGUGUCAAUGCAAGUUGUAUGACUUACAAUUCUGUGCCAUCAAGCCUAGGUAAAAUAUCAAUUGUGCAAUUUUGCUGUGUAACUGGGAACUGUUGACCUCCUUGGCCCUAGCUGAAAGGGCUGAUAUUUUAAGUUGAUUAUUUUAUUGUAAAUUAAUCCAUUUUAACAUUUGGCUCAAUGUUUCCUUGUGAAAUAAUGUUUUAAAAAUAAAAACUGGAAGUUC